UGUGUCAGCACAUUCUUCAACUGGAUCCGUCAGUGUGUGCAUGUUUAUUGCUACCUGUCCGUUACUCCAGAGAGACCGAUCUACGGAAAUCUAUACCACUAUGACACUAACGGAAAUUAAUGAAAACACAAAUAUGCAGAAAGAUCCGCAACAUAAUCCUAACAUUGGCUCGAAUCUGAGGGAGGCUAUUUGGCAGGGCCUCGAGCAGGAGCGACUUACCUGUGGCAUGUUGGACUGUGCCAAGCUGCUUGAGAGCAAUCCUGAAAACGUGAUGAUCUGUGUGAUUCCCGAGGCUGUCGAUGACGUCACAGUGCACAUCCACCAGACGCUGAUCGUGGCGUUCUGUCUGGAGAAUGGCAUCAGACUAGUCAGAGUUGACAGUGCUGAUAAACUGCUGAAACUUGUGAGUGGCAGAAAGGGGACCAAGCCAAACGACAAUGACGUAGUUGGCGGCAGGGCUAUCGGUCACGACGCGGGCUGCGUCAUCGUGCAGUACCCCGAGGACAGCCUGAGUGCUGAGGAAGACGUCGUCAUGCAGUGGAUCAAGGCGAUGAUGUACGCCAGCGACGGCCCCACGGCCGUGGUCAACAUCUCGGUAUGAGCAAGGACAACACCCAUCUCAUACUGACCACAACACCAGGGAAUGCCUAAAACCCUGGACCCAAAAAAAUCCGAAUACAAAAUGAAGCAGUGCCAGGACUUCUUGGACAUGUAUCCAUUAGACCAAUCUGUGGUUGAGAUUGGGUCACGUGACCUCAUCUCCACCAACCGCUUGCCGGGCGGGUGAUUACACGCGCGAGGGCGCUGUUCUGCAAAGAAGGGAGAGCACUUGCCUUCAUAUUGUAAUUCAUAUUUGCUGUGCUCAUCAUUUGUUUACUGAACGAUCAUAUGACGAUGACGUGAGUUGUCCUAUAUCACACUGAUGAAGCAGUCUUUGCAAAUAUGGAGGAAAAGGGAACGCAUUUAUUGUUGCAUUUGUGACAGACAAUGCUUCUGUGUGCUAUAUUUGAAAAGUGUGUGUUUCUAAAAAAAAAAAAUCCAUGUCUUAUCGUUGCUAGGCAACAACAUCUGUAUCUAGGCAACAACGACUGUGUCUUCUGUUGGCAGAACAUGGUUUAUUUAAAGACACAUUUAGAGAUAAGAACUAGUGUUAAAAAUAUCUCAAAUGGUUCAUUUAACUUGAACAUUACUUUGCUUGUAACUACAAGGUUAAAAAGAACUGAUGUUAUCAUAUUAAUUAGACGGAAUAAGUGAUAGAGGUACCCUUUAACAUGCACGAAACUAAACGUACGUACGCGAAAAGUAUUCUUGUUACUGUUCGAGAACACUAACAUCGUAAUCUUGCAGUCACACCAUAUUACAGUUGUGUCAUCAAACUGUAUCCAUUGUCCAUUAAGGGAUUCAAUCACUGAGCUGCUGCACCAGAAGGCGUGUUCUGGAGACUGAGCGCUUGCAGUCGCUCACUAGAUCAGAUUGCACUGAACUCUGUGAUACAAUAGACUGAUCCAUUGUACAUUAAAGCCUAAGGAUUCACUCACUAAGCUGUUGCAACAAAAGAGUGUUCAGAAGGCUGAACGCUUACAGUCGCUCGCUAAACUGUUUUAUGCAUAACUCUAAAACGGUGCUAAGAUAAGACUGAGAUGAAAACCAGUCACAUAGUCCGCGAGCGCACGCCUCUAUGAACACGCCAAACAUUACGCAUGGGUGCAUUGCGGUAGUGAUUUGUAACCGAUAACCUAAGGUUGCCUGUACUCCUAAUCUGGCAAAAGUGAUAGUUGUUCAAGUGAAUGGUUAUUCAUGUGAAUGUUAUGAUUUAUUUCAGCAUUGUACGGAAUGCAGUUGUUAUGGUUUUGAUUGAUGAUGUUACAACAGGUCUGUAGGAAUGCGAAUUCAAGUGGGGGUGGGCGGUAAUUUAUAUAUAUAUAAAACCCAAUUUGACUACUGUCAUUAAACAAAGGGCAUGUUUCCUUGUGAAUAUUUCACAGUUGGAUGGCGUAAAUUUACAAUUUCCUGCCAUCUAAAGGUCAUAAUUAAUGUUCUUUUGAAGAGGUUACUAAUACUUGAAAUUGCUAAAUAAAAUGUGAAGGGACUUUAGUUCUUGGGGUCCCCGUCUCCCGGUUUCUACGGACCUGUACAACAGUAAAGUGCCUUGCCUUAUAAUUAUGUUAACGGAAAAGGCAGCUUUGGACUCGUAUGGGUUGUAACAUAACAUUUGUAAAUAGACAUUGAUUGUUGUUUUUUUGUUUAUGUCGCUAUAUUCACAAAUUAUGCAUUUUGUUAAUUGAUUUAUUAAUACUGAACGUUUAUAUUGUUGUUUUUCACUGCAUACAGAUUUAAUAAAAAGUAUGUAUUUUCAUUUUUA